CUCCCUCAUCCUCAUCCUCCCCUCUUCCCCACAUCCUCGUGCUUUGCUGUCCACCUCGCCUCGGCUGUCUCUCUGGUCGCCUUUUCCUUCGCCUUCUUCCGUCGCGACCCGCCUGGCAAUCCUAUAUAAACUCCAUCGCUCGCCCUUCUCAAUCCUCGACAGUUUCCCCCGUCGCACCGCGCGUCCUCUCUCUCUAGGCAUUGCGUCGCCUUAACUCUUUUCCUAGCAAUGACAACACUUUGAAUUCUCUACGUCGUCCGUGGGAUGCCCCAGUAGGCGCCCAUGGCGGGGCUGGAACAGUCUGCGAACGUGCGACGCGAUUACUUCCUAACGGCGACGCCUGAACGCGAACGACCCUCAUCGAAGCGCCGCCUGCCCAACGGCCCAUGCAAUUAUCGCGAUCAGAGCCUCGGCUCGUGUGGAUGCACCCAGUUCUGGGAUAAGGAGAGUGCUGAGCUGCACGAUGAGUCUGUCGAGGGUGCGCCGCUGAGGAAGCAGUCGACAUGGUGUGUCUGUAGCCAUCAUGCCUGCUUUCAUCUCUUCGCCGGGCAGCGACCCGCAGAGACCACCUUGAAGCCUCCCCCAUCUGUGCGACAGCGCCCUCGUGAUGGAGGCCGAGCUCAGUCGCAGGCAGGAUCGCAAGCCAGUGACUAUCGGCGCGUAGCCCGUAGCGGCCACGAUCACUCCCCAGCGCGAGGGGCACAUGCGCUUCUGAAUGCGCAGAUAGGUUCGCCUCGUUCCGUGAGCACUUCGGGCUUUCCUAGGAUCCCUGCAGUGUGUCUUCUGUCUCAUGAGAGACGCCAAAGGGCCGCUGCUGAUGCCGAGGCUGGGGUUAAGCAGCUCAAAAAGGAAGAGCAGACAAAUUACCAGCUUUCUGGCCUUGGAUUCCCGCUGUCGAACGUAAUUGAGCGCCCACCCUCCGUUUCGCCUACCAUUGCGGAAGAGUCCAAUAGGGCCCCUUCGUUCUGCAACGCCGUGCUCCCUACAGCUAGAGCGAACUCGAUUCGUGCCCAGUCUGACCGCAUAUCCACUCCCCCGUGCGGUGGUGACCUCGAACACGUGUUGGAGUUCAAUCGCACUCUGCAUCUCAACGUGGAAGGAGAUACCAUACCUGACACGUAUGAUCCUGAAGACUUCAUUCAGAGUGCCACUGAGGUCGCUACCCCUAGCAAUGCGGACACGCCGCGUUUAGGACCCGUGGAUCAGGCUGUAUCAGAGACAAGAACGCUUGUUGAUACACUCAUGCGACUGACUUCUCAGACAGGGCGUGAUGUUGGCCAGAGUCCCAACGCUCAGUGCGCAACUACUGGGCCGGCACCGCAACCUCCUCCAACCAGCGCACCUGCCACACCCCAAGAGGAGCUGUCACAAGCCAUCAGGACCGCGUCUCCGGCAACACUCCAAAAGCUCGUUGCCUACCUUGCCCCAUUACACAAUCUCCUUACCUCAAUACCAAACUUGGCGAAUACGAUCAGAGAUGUAAAUGCGCGCUUAGACCAUUUGGAGAACUAUUCGUUCAAUCAUGUGCAACCUGAGGAGGUGCAGCAGCACCUCGAAAGCUAUGACGGCCGGCUGUUGGAACUGGAACACCGCAUGGAUGACCAUGAGUCUCUUCACAAAGCUAUCGAUGCCGAUCAUGGCGCCAAUCCACUUGGCCGACAAGUCACGGCAGUUACAGAUUCAUUUGGUUCAGUCCAGUCGGCCCAUUCUAUUUCGUCGGCCCCUGCACUCGUGCCAAUCGCUGGCAAGGAGAUGCAGGCCGAGUUCGACGAGAUCAAAGACAGGCUAGAGCUUCUUGAGGCAGCAGCCAUGCCGUCUUUCGCCAACCCCUGGGAAGUGGAUGUAGUGUUUCUGCCCUGGGGGCCGGAACUUCGAGGUAUAUGGCACUCUUUGGAUGAGCCAGUAUCCGAAUCGGUCAACGCUCUCACUCAGGAGUCAGAAGACUGGACCCAGAACCUGGACCUUACGCUGCGCAAGCGGCGCUCUUCCAUGUCUGCCCAGCAAUCCUCAGGCCCCAGCACCAACGGCAAGCUGUCCUUGACAAGCUCUUUGGCUCUGAGCGAAGCAGAGAGUGGGUGGAGCAGCGAAGCCAUCAGUAACUGGGCUGCCGGCGAAGUGGACGAGUGGCUCUUCCCAAGAGCAUGCGGCCCAUCAAACCUCGUUUACAAGAGGCUGCACAGCCGUGGCUUUGUAAAGAAAGUCACAUUCAGGAGCGCCAGUUCUCGGGACAUUCAGAAUGCUCUGUCAACAGCCUUUGCUGAGCUAGGCCAUCACUUAAGUUACACUGAAACAGACGACGACGAUAUUGUGGACGCUUUCCCGGCUCUACGUGCUCCCUUCAUCCCGCUAAGGAAGGUGCAUAAGGAAGCCAGGCUUCGCUUUCUCACACGUGCGGAGAUGGCAAGCUCCGCGCUUUGGUCCGCCCAGUUUCUGUCCGCUGGGGUUAUGAUGAAAGCCUCAGGAGGCAAAAAGCGACUGUACGUGACACAAAGGGAAGCCUAUCUACAGCGGAACGGCAAACCCGAAGGGAUGAGCGAUAUGACGGAUGCAGGGAAGUCGUGGACGUGGCAAGACAUUCGAGAACUCCCCCGCUUCCAGCCGGACAUGAACUCCCAGAUGGAAGGCAAUGACGAACAUUGCCAACCCAAAGUCUCGGAGACCGACGCCAAAGAAGCGUGCUGGAUGUUCGUCGAAAGGCUCGACCUUCCUCCUGCCAGUGCGACGUCCUCCUUCGACAGCAAUCACUCCGCCCCUGUCCAAUUGUCAAUGCGUCCUGCAGGUCGCCAAUGGCGAAGGUCCAUCACACCGAGCUCGAUAUUGAAGAACAGGCAGCAGCAGCCCAUUUCGCCCACGAGCGAACUACAUAUGACACGACCAGCUCAUCGUCGCGCUCGAACCUUCUCGAGCUCUGUCGUGGAGCAGGCCCGGCCGAGCUCAUCGAAACGCCGCCUGAAUUCUUCGCCAGUCAAGCAAUCAUCCGUACCGCUUGGCCAUGGGCGUACAGGCAGUAUCGCCAGUAUCGCACCCUCUCGGCCGAAACGCCGUAGAGUGGCUACUGACUCGCUCCCGCGUCUCGACCAUGCCUAUGCCCGGGAGGGACAGGUAGAGCUCUGGGACAACGAGAAUUCUCGCCCCCCACGAGCUCUACCGUCACCGUUCUACUCCUCCCACCACGAGCUCGCGAGGACGAGCUCCGAUCAGGCAAGUCGGAGUGAGCAGUCCGCAGCUGUCGCUGGCAAGGGCACGCCUUUUGCCUAUGCGACGCCAUAUUCUGGGCCCAUUGCUGGCGGCCGACCGUCUGAUCGCUCCAGCGAUAUGCCUGGUGAUACAGAACCGGAUGAUGAUGAUGGCGACGACGGGGAGCAGAGUUGGCGGGGCGUGGAAGAUGGUGACGAGCGGGAUUCCAGUGACGACAGCAGCGGCAGCGGCAGCGAGGACGAUGACGCCGUAGGAGGUGCGCAAGCAAUGGAGGCUCUGGCGAGCUUUUCCGGCGACGACAGCGGGUUUGGCAGUGAGAAUGAGAAUGACGACGACUCUAGUGUGGGCGGGGAGGUAGAAGACGAGGACGAUGAUACCUAUUUCGCAGCGAGAAACGAUGAUGACGAUGACGAUGAUGAUGACGGCGAGGCUGAGGAUGAUGAAGAUGACGACGAUGAGGUGUUCGAUACCCUGCUUAGUAUUCUGGAGAAUUGACGCCCGCUAACAGGUCUGAUUUAUGGCGCGGUGUCAGGGUGCGGCUGGUCAGAGUGAGUUGCAUUCCUAGGGGGAUGGAUGCAGACGACUUUGAUAUAGACUACUCGGGCGAGAAUGUGCAUUCCGGCGUAGACAUAUGUUGACUGGGCAAAGUUUGGUGGUAGGUGCCGAUAUGGAUGCGGAUUUUGUAUGAUUAUUGUCUCAUAUACCACAUGCGAUUGGCGUCAUCUCAGGCCUGUAGUUUUAUGAUAUCGCUGGUAUCAUGUAGCUAGCGCGAGUGCUGGCUGGCUGCUAGUUGGUAGAUAGCGAUAGCAAGAGCUUACUCUCCCCUUAGAAGAGUGGGGGAUCUUUUGCAACGAAGAAUAUCUAGUUUUCCGAU